CGCUCCCAGCCCCUGCCCCCGGGCGGCUCCACCUUCCUCCUCACCUCCUGGCGGGUGGCUUUUCUGGCUGGGGCGGCCGGGGGGACAAGUUUGGGGUGUUUAUUAUUCUCCGUCCUAGCAACGGUGGCCAGCCCAGCCCCGAACCAGCCGCAGGCUGUUUGGGAACGUCCACGGCUCCCCUGGCCUGAGCCCUUUCUGGAUGGGCUGGUGGUGGCAGGGUUGGGUGGGCUCUGGAACAGCCGCAAAACCAGGCUCUGGGGGCCUGGCCUCCCUUUGCUGUUAAGUCGAGGCUGUGGCCUCCUCUGGGUGGGGUCGCUGCCUUUUGGAGACCUUAGCAGGUGAUGCAAGAGUGUGGGAUGUGGGGGCUGGGAAGGGCAAUGAUGGGGCGGGGGCUUUCCCAGAGAAAGCCUUGUCCCCUCCCCCAGCUGCCCUAAUGAGGGAGGCCUCCACAGGUCCCCACCCCCUUGGCCUCGGUCUCCUGCCCCUCUGGCUGGACUCUCAGGGAGCGCCCGAGGCCCCGGGGAGGGGGUUCUGGCGGACUGGAGCUGCCUUCUGGGCUGGAUUUUCCCACGGCUUCCCACCUGCUUGCCUCAGGUGUCAUGAGGGUAUGCGUCGGGACACAUGGCCACUCGGGCCUUCCCGGACUGGCAUGUGCUGGUACUGGCCUUGCUCACUGUCUGCCCAGAAGGGAGCUGAGACCUGGGCCUCUGGGUGCGGGUAGCAAAGGGACAGGGCCUGGGGACCCCCUCUGCUUCCACCAGGGUGGCGGCACCUUCCUCUCUCUUCCCGGUCGCCUCAUCCUGGUCUGCCUAACCUCUCGUCCGUGCUGUGUCCUGUGAGUCACCUCGCGGCCUUGGGACCUCCAGGGCUGGCCACACAGGCGCCAACCGGGCCCGUGCUCUGCUCUCACUGACUGGAAAUCCUUCAUGACUUCUACACAAGACUACAACACUUGGGUUUUGCGCUGAGCCCCCCAGAGGUGAAGCGUGUCCUGGAACCAGCUUUUGGCUCCAGCCGCAGGCCUUACGACCCCACGUCUCUGCACUGGUUGUCCCUCUGCCUGGGACGUGCACAUCCACCUCCUGGUGUUACAUGUCAGCUUUCCAGGGCGCCUUCCCAGACACCCUCACCCCCCCUCCCCCUGCCUGUUCCUCCUCUGGGACACUCACACUUCCUCAGAGCCUUGCAGCCUUGCUGCGGCCUGCCCAGCUGGAGAGAGCCCCCGAUGCAGGGCACAGCUGCUCACAGUCCAGGACAGCGCUCGGCACGCGGUGGCCCUCAUGAUGCGACUUGCCCCAGUGUGUGUGUGUGUGUGUGCGUGUGUGCGCGCGCUUCAGCAGUGUCUGUGCAGAUAAGAGGGGCUAGCGCGCUCGUAGGCAGUGCUCCAGGUGUGGUGUGGCCCAUGUGCACACGUGUGCCCCAUGAGCGUGUGUGUGUUUGGGGCCCAAGUGCCUGUGCUGCCGUGAUGGCGCAGCUCGGCUCUGGGGCCCUGCGCGAGCGGGCUCCGUGUGACAGCGUGUGCAUGCUGGCUGCAUGGGGGCCUCCGGCUGCCCCAGGGCCUGGUCUCCGGUGACACUGGCCCUUGUUGCCACUCAGGUUGUCCCCACUGUGCCCGUCCACCUGCCUUCGCUUCCCUGCUCAUCUUGACCAUACCAGCCCCUCACACCCGUCCUCCACCGAUGCCUCCAGGACCUUGGGCACCAAAGCACCCCCCUCCUGGGCACUGGAGGGGUCACCUGAUUCCUUGGCCACCUGGCGCUGGCCUGCGUGGAGGCCUCUGCCCCCAAAGUGUUCGGUCUCCUCGAGGUGAUAGGUGUACUGACGGCUCAGGACUCCUGUCUUCAGCUGUCUCCCCCCGGGCCCUCCUGCCCUCAGCCGGGGAAGCAGAUCCCCUGGUUCAGUGCGCGUGCCCUGGAGCGGGGGUGCAGGGAGGGACGCCUGCCCUAAUGACUCCUUCCCCUCAGGGCCAGACGGGCCUUGCCUGCGCCAAGAUGAGCGUCACCUCCUGGUUCCUGGUGAGCAGCGGCGGCACCCGCCACCGGCUCCCGCGAGAGCUCAUCUUCGUGGGGCGUGAUGAGUGUGAGCUUAUGCUGCAGUCCCGCAGCGUGGACAAACAGCAUGCCGUCAUCAACUACGACCAGGACAGGGACGAACACUGGGUGAAGGACUUGGGCAGCCUGAACGGGACGUUCGUGAAUGAUGUGCGCAUCCCGGACCAGAAGUACGUCACGCUGAAGCUCCAUGACGUCAUCCGGUUCGGCUAUGAUUCCAACAUGUACGUGCUGGAGCGUGUGCAGCACCGGGUCCCCGAGGAGGCGCUCAGGCACGAGAAGUACACUAGUCAGCUGCAGGUGAGCGUCAAGAGCCCGGCACCCAGGAAGGGCGAGGCACUGCCCCAGCACACCCCCUACUGCGAGUCCUCGAGCCCCAGGCCGGAGAGGGCGGACCGGAGGCCGGGAGCAGAGGCAGCGGCCUACCGGACCCCUCUGUACGGACAGCCCUCCUGGUGGGGCGAGGAUGAGGGCGACAGUCCGUGUGAGGACCGGCGCCCGGAGGAGCCCGACCCAGAGCGGCCCAAGGAGCCGUCGCAGCAGGACAGGGAGCUGGCCGGGACAAUGGCCGGCUUCCGGGCUGCAGCGGAGCCUCCCAGCUACGCGUUCAGGCGGGAGCCCAGUUACUUCGAGAUCCCCACGAAGGAGGCCCCGCCGCCACGGCCCCCCGAGGCGCCGGUGCAGGAGGCCCCCACCAAGGACGUGGAGCCCGGCCUGGCCGGUGCAGCCCCCGUGGUACAGAGCCACGCCUCCUUCACCAUCGAGUUUGACGACGGCAGCCCCGGCAAGGUUAAGAUCAAGGACCACGUCACCAAGUUCUCCCUGCGCCAGAGGAGGCCGCCCGGCAGGGAGGCCACGCCUGCGGAGGCCGUCUCCGCGGAGACCAAGGUGGCCGACUGGCUGGUGCACAAUGACCCCAGCCUGCUGUGCCGGGCCGGCCCCGGUGACGACCGCCACAGCACCAAGAGUGACCUGCCCGUGCACACCCGCACCCUCAAGGGCCACAAGCACGAGGACGGCACACAGAGCGACUCGGAGGACCCCACGGCCAAGGCGGCGGCGGCCGGGGUCCCCGCGGAGGGCGGCGGGGCGCAGGUGCGGCUGCAGAGGCAGCUGAAGCGGGACCCCCAGGAGCUGCUGCACAACCAGCAGGCCUUCGUCAUCGAGUUCUUCGACCAGGACGCGCCCCGCAAGAAGCGCUCCCAGUCUUUCACGCACACCCCUGCCGGGGACCCCAAGGCCGACAAGCGCCGAGGCCCCGGGCCGGCCGACAGGGACCGCCCCGGCGCCCUGGCCCCGGCCCCGGCGCGGGGGACGGGCGGCAGCGCGGGGCCACAGCGGGCCAGCUCGCUCAAGCGGGAGAGGACAGAGGAGCGGCUGGGGGGGUCCUCGCCCGCCCCCCGGGCCUCCCCGCGGCCCUUCGGCAGUGUGGGGCGCCGUUCCCGUCUGGCCCAGGACUUCAUGGCUCAGUGCCCGUGGGACGGCCCCCCUGCCGCCCGGCCGGCCCCUGACAAGGCAUCCCCGGAGUCGCCUGCCCCUGAGACCCCCCGUGGGGCCAGCCCCGUGGCCCCUGCGACCCCACCGCCGCCCCCCGCCGACCCCCAGCUGACCAAGGCUCGGAAGCAGGACGAGGACGACAGCCUGAGCGACGCGGGGACUUACACCAUCGAGACGGACGUGCAGGAUCCGGAGGUGGAGGAGGCCCGCCAGAUGAUCGACCAGGUCUUUGGGGUACUUGAGUCUCCCGAGCUCUCCAGGGUGUCCUCGGCCACCUUUCGUCCGGUCAUCCGAGGGGACAGAGACGCGGCCGGUGACGGGGUGGCCCAGCGCAUGGCCCUCCUGCAGGAGUUUGCCUCCCGGCCAGUGGGCAUAGACCCCCAAGGGGGGCUCCAGGGCCUCACGGUCCCGGGCUCCCCCGGGGGUCAGAAGUGGGUGUCCCGCUGGGCCAGCCUGGCUGAUAGCUACUCAGACCCAGGCCUGGCAGGUAAAGGAGGGCCCUGGCGCAGAGCCGGGGAGCUCGAGGGGGCUCUGCCCGUGCGCCAGCGACGGCUACUCCCACAGCUGCCGGCGGACAGGGCAGACAGCCCUGGGGCCUUGAGGCCACCAGGAGGAGCGGGCCCCGGGCCUCCGGAGCCGGGCAGUGAGCAGGCCAGCUGCCUCUUGGGCCAGGAGGACUUGGAGCCCGACAGCCUCAGCGAUGCCAGUGGGUCGGAUGGUGGGCGGGGCUCCGAGCUGGGCGGGGCCCCGCGUGAGGAGAGACGCAGGAGCCCCCAGGAGGGUACCGCGUGGACGAAGGGCCGGCGCUCGCCAAGGGCCCCCGGGGAGCCAGCCCCCACCUCUUUCUUCAUUGGGGACCAGAACGGGGAGGCGGCCUUCCCCAGGAAACCGUCUGUGGCUCCGGGGGAGGCGGAGGGCCCAGGACGGGUGGCCCAGGCCGACCCCCCGGUGAGGGACGGCGUCUACGUGAGCACCAGCGGGAGGAUGGUCAUCCAGCUGCGGACAGGGCGGUCCCGGAGCCCGAGGGCUCUGCCGGCCUUGGUGCGGCAGGAGAGCUUCAGCAAGGAGCCGGCCGCUGGCCCCCCGGCGCCUGGCCAGCUUCCACACAUCUCCAGCCACCCCCUCCUGCAGGACCUGGCCGCGGCCCGGGCCUCACGCACAGACCUCCACCCUCAGGACACCCACCUGAUUCUGAAGGAGACGGAGACGGCCCUGGCAGCCCUGGAGGCCCGACUGCUUUCCAAGCCCACGGACGAGGCCGAGGGCCAGAUGGGCAGUGCCCCCGGGCCGCCGGACGACUCCCUGUCCGGGGACUCUGACGUGGACACGGCUAGCACUGUGAGCUUGCUCAGCGGUAAGAACGGGCCCAGCCCGACCGGCGCCCAGCCCACGGGGCUGCAGAAGGACAAGCCGCCGUCCCCGCCGGCAACACAGGACCCGGGGACCGUCUCCUUGAACAGCGCCCGGGACCGGCUGUCAGAGAAGCGUCGCCCGCCGGGCCCUACCGACGCGAGGCGCGUGGCUGCGCGGCGUGGCCCUGGGCCCCGGGUGCCCUCGGACUGGCCUGAUGAAGAACGAGGCUCGGGCCCGGCCCACCCGCCUGGCACGGACACGGUCACCUGUGACCACGAGCCCCCCGCGGCCAGCGGGGCAGGGCGGCCAGGGCCUCGCCGGAAGCCUGCGGCCCCACCGCCGUCUCCAGCCACCCGGGAGGAGCCGGGCCGAGGCCCCACGGGCUCCCAGAAGGCACAGCAGGUGCUGACCCGCUCCAACAGCCUGUCCACCCCCCGGCCCACGCGGGCCUCCCGGCUGAGGCGGGCCCGGCUGGGGGAUGCCUCGGACACGGAGGCUGCAGACGGGGAACGGGGACCCCCCGCCAACCUGGAGCCGGUGGGCCGGCCGGCUGCCGAGCAGGCCAAGAAGUUGUCACGCCUGGACAUCCUGGCCAUGCCGCGGAAGCGGGCCGGGUCCUUCACGGGGCCCGGCGACUCGGAGGCGGCCCCCGCCCGGGCCGGCUUCUCCGGCCGCAGCGUCGAGCUGUACUGCGCCGGCCGCAAGCCCGUCAUGGCCGAGGCGCGGGCCGCUGCCAGGAAGGCCGCCAGUUCCACCACGGUGCCCCGCCAGCCCUUCAGCAGGGCCCGCCCGGGCAGCGCCCGAUACUCCUCGCCCAGCACACGCCGGCGGCAGCAGGGCUCGGACUGCACGUCCACGUCCGAGGAGGAGUACGGCUCCCCCAAACACGCACGCGCCCGCACCUCGGCAGCCACGCAGACCCCACGGGCCGGCAGCUCCGGCCGGACCCGACCCCGGGCCCCCGGCCUCCGGGACACGGACGACGAGGAGGAGGAUCCCGACCCCUACGGUUUAUCGUGCAGACGGCCAGAGAUCGCGGAGAUUGCCAGGCUGAGCCAGACGCUAGUGAAGGACGUGGCCAUCCUGGCGGAGAUCCAUGACGUGGGAGACGGCGACUCGUUGGGCUCACCGGGGCCCGCCCGUAGCCCCUCCCUCAGCAACGUGCCCAGCACCCGCUCAACCAUCUCCGCCCGUGAGGAGCUGGUGCAACGAAUCCCUGAGGCCAGCCUCAACUUCCAGAAGGUGCCACCUGGCCCCCUGAGCUCUCGGGACUUGGACCAGAACAUGAACGACCGCUGUGAGGACCCCCUCGCCAACAAGAUGCGGCCUUGGAACCGUGAGGAGGUGAUCUUUGACAACCUGAUGCUCAACCCCGUGUCCCAGCUGUCCCACGCCAUCCGAGAGAACACGGAGCACCUGGCCGAGAAGAUGAAGUGAGAUCCUCUUCAGAACACAGGGCGUGCCUGGGAGGAGCUGGCCAGGAUCAACUCGGAGAACGAGGUGCCCAUCCUGAAGACGUCCAACAAGGAAAUCAGCUCCAUCCUGAAAGAACUGAGGCGUGUACAGAAGCAGCUGGAAGUCAUCAACGCCAUCGUGGACCCCAGCGGGAAUCUGGACCUGCUGACCGGAAACCGUGGCGCCGCGGGCUCGGCCCAGCUUGGGAAAGGCCGGCCGGCCGCCCAGAGCCCAGCGUCGCCCCUGGCCCUGCCUCUGAGGAGCUGCCCGCCGCGGGCGAACUGCGGGUCCCCCGCCCCGGACCCCGCCUUCCUCCCCGACUUCCUCCCUGACGCGGAGAGGUUCCUGAUCUAGGCGGUGGGGGCCGCGGCGGUCCCCUGUGCCCCGGGGCCGGCGCCGCCAGCCCCCUUUAACCCCGCCACUGCGGCCCUUCCCGGCUGCGGACGGUUCACGCGGAGCCCCCCGCACGUGCCAUACCCCUGGGCAGGGGCCUCCGGUUCCCCGGGCCCCUCCCUAGCUCCCAGCAGCACCCCAGCUGGACGGGCCGGCCUGGCCCGGCUCCCGUUGCGGCCCACCGCCGAGGCCCGCGUCACAGGUGUGUCCCCUGCCUCCUCUCCACGCUGUCCUUUUGUCUUUCAGCUUUUGAGGAAGAGUCGUCUGUGCCAUCGCAGCGGCUCCCUGGGCCCCGAGGCCCCUCCCCCGCCUCUGGCCGCCGGGGGCCGCUGUUCUGUCGGAGGCCCCGGGCGCCGGCCGCGGCUGGGCCGGGGGGUGCCAUUCAGUGCCAAACACAGAGCCGGGAGGGGCUGGCGGCGCCCCGGACCGAGGCCGGGGCGCACCCGCCGGGGCCCUCACGGGCAGCUCUGCGGCCCAGUGGCCUGGGGCGGGGACCGUGGCCCGCGGAGACGUUCGGGGCGGGGACCCCCACUUCUUUGGUGCCAACGCAACUGCCAAGCCCACCGAGUGUGUGGCUGCUGCCACGCCGGCCGUGCACACGGCACACACGCAUGCCAGACACGCGCCCGCGCUCCCGGCCAGCCCAGCACGUGUCCACACUGCAGGGCGGUAGGUCCCAGCUCGGGACGCUGGCCGCACUCGGCUUCCUGCGUUCUAGGCCGGGUGGGGGCGGGGGGGGGGGGCGUGUGAGCACUAGACCCAAGUGGCUGGAAAACCGGAGCCUCCCGGGGCCGCCCGCCCUCCCCCACCCUCACCCCCGUCCUCCCUGAUGCUGUGGGCAUUACCUGGGUGUCUGGCUCGGGGCCCCGCAGGCUGUUUGUGCUCCGGUCCCGGUGCAGGGGCGGGGCGGGGAGAGCAGGGAGAGACUCCCCCCCCCCCCCCCCCAGGGACAGUUUGCCUUCUCAGGGUUCUUUCAGCUGGGAACACGCCGGGGGAGGGGGGCAGAGCACGCCCCCCAGGGGGGCCCGUUUCUGGAGCCUCUAAGCCAAAGAGCCCGCGGGCUGUGGCAGGUGGGGGCGGGGCUGGCCCACCCUGGCCGCCGUGGCGCUGGGGUCGCCGUGCACCCUGCCUGGCGCCUGUGUGAGUGGCGGUUGCGGGACGGGGCCCGGAGGCCAGUGGGUGUGAGUCCGGGCCCACGGGUGACGUGUGUGUCCGUGUUUACAUUUAGCUGAUGUGGACUCGUGUGCAUGGGUCCUGUUACGCCCCCCCCCCCCCGUUUCUGUGUGCGAGUGGUGGCGGGGUCCCUGCCAGGACCCUGCCCCUUGAGCCUACUGGUCCACACGGAGGAGGUGCCGGCCCGCUGUCUCCUGCAUGCCCCACACAGUCGCCCGCAGCCCGUCCCCUGGAAGCAAACAGUGGCCGUUCUCCAUCCACACCCACCCUCAGUGAUCGUUGUACGCUUUUUUUAUUCACAAAUUCCUGUUCCUCCCCCUUCCAGCCUUCGACUCGGGAUCGGUAACUUAUUUGCUGGCUUCUUGGAGGUACUUCUGUCUGUCUGUCCUCAGGUGGUCUUACGGCUGUCUUUCGGAAAACGAUUAUUUUAUAUGAGUUGUCAUGGAAUUUGUUCUAAUAAAUCAUUCUAUCACAUG